AUGUUUCUCAAGUCUUUUCUUCCCUGGUCGGCAUUCUUGCUGCUGAAUGUCAAUGCCGCCGCAAUCAACGUCCCAGACGACGACCCCUUGGACGGUCUCAUCGCUUCAAUCCUUCCUAUCAACCUUGAAAAUGACACAACAGCUCACCUAACCCCGCUCGACAAACGCCAGAACUUCAAAAACGCCCAAUACAAAUGCCACCCGGACGGGCCUCAAUGGAAGGUAGCCGAAGUAGGCUCCAUCAUGGCAGGAGUCCAACACCUUGUAGACCCAAAACUGGCACAGGAGAAACCAUCAAAUGGGCCCAAUGGCUGUGGUAGGGUUAGUUGUUCCAACAAUGCUGGUAUUUGGUGGUGUAAUACGAAUGCCAAGUCAUCUUUGACAAUCGACUCGUUUACUUUAGUUGCGGCUGGAGCACAGUAUAUAGUAGAGAAAUGCGGCUAUUGGGAUUAUGGAACGAGUAGGCAGGUGGUUAGUGGAUGGACGUAUCCAGAUCCGAAUUGGGCGGUGGUUGUGGCCCAUGCCAGCUGUUAG